AUGAGUGCACUUACAAAGAAAAAAUAUGUCAUGGCUGAAGCUGACGAGGAAAUAGACAAGUUGACAUCUCUCCAGUCGAUUCAGCGUGUGCUCAGCUCGCCAGGAUCGUAUCUGUUCCAAAUUGAGAAUCAAUUCGGCGAGCGUAGUCUAGCAUCACUUCCGCAAAAGUUCAGAAAUACGAUUUGGGUGAAGCGCAAUACUUAUGUCAUCUGUGAGCCGAUCUUUGAAGGAGAGAAGGUUAAAUAUGAAAUCGUCAGAGUACUUCAGCCUGAUAAUAUCAAACAGCUGAAGAAAAUGAAACAGUUUCCACUUCAAUUUGAGAACGAUUCACGACACCCUGGUGGAGACGGUCAAAAUUGUACGGAUACUGUAAAUAACAAAGAAGAAUUAGAUGGAAGCGAAGGAGAGGAAGAUUCAGACGAUGAUCUUCCGAUGAUUAUGAACCGCAUUCAGGUCGAAUACUCCGAUUCAAGCUCAGAUAAUGUCGCGCCCCGCGUCUCCGUAUCUACAACAAUCGUUGGCUUCGCCUCGACCGAGAUCUUCCAAAGGGAGAGCUUCAAAGGCAGCUUCAAUAAAAGCUUUUCGAUCAACAACGCCGUCUUUGGAUGCCAUGCAAAAUGUCAAAAAUCACAGCAGUUUUCUACCACAAAACCUAAACCAACUCGUAUUCGGCCCGGAGCUCUCCCCGAUCCAGAAACUUUAUACGAUGAGCUUGAAGCUUCCAGAAAGGAAAUUGCAACGCAGAAACAACUCAUCAAUGCUCAAAAAACGAGAAAUCAAAGACUCGAACAAGAGCUAAAAAGUCGUGAAACCGAACUGGAAAAGAUUUAUUCUGGAGAUAAUGGCAGAGAAAGUUCGACGAAAAACGAUCAACUUCGUUGCAAAAUAAUUCGCCUGGAACGAGAUCUCCGACAAAAAGAUGUAGAUCUUGGCAAGUUGCAGUUUGAAAUGAAAACUACGGACGUCAAUGAAUUGAAAAUCGCUCUCAAGGGCAGGGUUCUUUCAAACUACUUGUCUGAUAUUUCCACUUUUGGGCCACCCACAAAGAAACGGAAGAAAGAGCCCUCACGAAGAGAGCGAAAGGCUCAAAUCGCAGGUCUCAAGAAAGCGAUCCAAGUGUCUGGCAAAGAAUGCGAGACGCUUCGAAUUGAAAACGAAAAGUAUCGCACUCAACUUGAAACACUCAGGAAAACGGAUUUGGAUGCAAAGCUUAAGAUGAAAAACGAAAACGAGUAUUUGAAGACGCAACUGAGAAAGAGUCGAAAAGAAAAUCCAAGUGCAACUUUAGCUGGCCCGAUUGUCAAACAAGGGGAUCAUUCUGAAAAGCUCAAGUCUGAAAACGAGUUCCUCCGACAAAAAGUCGAUAAAAUGUCUGAUGAGCUCGAGUCUCUCCAUCAGCAGCUUGAGAAUGCAUCUCAACGCGACUCAGCCGAUCAGCAAAAUCACUAG